AAAGAAACAGCUGCUCCAUUGUUAAUAUUGUUAAAGCAACUAAGUCUGAAGGCCCUGGACAGAUUGUAUAAAGAUGGCAGCAUGAAAAAACGAAAUCUGACAUGAAAUCCCCUCCUCUGACGUAGUUAGUCAGUCAACCAAACUGUUUUUGCCUUCUCUCCUGUUCUUAAAUAUUAAAAGCCCUCCCCAGAACGCCCUGCUGAGAUUUGUUAGCAUCUUACUGCAAAAUGAGGUUGUGCAAGUGAGCCUAAUGUUAUCUAUUAUUGUGUGCGCUCUGUGUGGGAGAGUGGCAGACUAUAUGUUUAUAGACAUAACAUGUUUGUGGCCCAUAAAGGCAAAGUAAAGACUCAUUAUUGAGCCGGUGAUAAGCAGUAGCCUACACACAUCGUUAAAGUCCAUCUGCUGCUCAUAAUUGGUGAGGGGAUUGCUGCUUUGUAAGUAUCUGUCAUUCAAUACAGAAUAUUGUUAUUUUAUCUAUUUUAACACCAUGUCUCCUUUUCCAGCACACAGAGAAAAGCCAUCUAUAAACUUUUAUCAAUGCCGUUGAAGAAGACAGAUUCCUGGUGUGGCUGUCCAUCCCCGGACACGACUCGCUUCGCCCUCCUCGGCGUGCUCAUUGCCCUUUACAUGCUGGCUGGCGCCGUCUUAUUUUCUUCUUUGGAGAGAUCAGCAGAAAUGUUGAGCCACCAGCUUUGGGAGAAGAGGCUAAGGGACUUCACCGGCGAGCACAAUAUCAGUUACCAGGAUCUAAAUUCCCUUCUGCGCCACUACGAGGAGGCCAGGACGGCGGGCAUCCGUGCAGAACGAGGCAGAGCCCUGUGGGACAUCCCGGGAGCUUUCUACUUUGUGGGGACUGUGGUGUCCACCAUUGGAUUUGGAAUGACGGCCCCAUCCACGACAGCAGGGAAGGUCUUGCUUGUUUUCUACGGCUUGUUCGGCUGCUCGGCCGCCGUGCUCUUUUUCAACCUCUUCCUGGAGCGAGUCGUCACGCUGCUGAGCCUCCUGUUAAACCGGUGCCACUCCAAGACCUUCCAACACAACCGACUGGAGGCAAGAGUCGGCGGAGUUGGCCCCGAGAAAGACGAAUGGAAGCCGUCCACCUACCAAGUGACUCUGAUCCUAUUCGCUGUCGUCAUGGCCGUCGCCUGCAGCGCUGCCUCUCUCUACUCGGCCAUGGAGGGCUGGACUUACUCGGAGUCGCUCUACUUCUGCUUUGUGGCCUUCAGCACAGUGGGCUUCGGAGACUUUGUGAGCGACCAGAGGAAGCAACAUGAGGAGAUCCGAGCCUACCAGGUGGCAAACUGCGUCCUGAUGCUGCUGGGUGUGUGCUGCACGUACUCUCUCUUUAACACGAUCUCCACGAUGGUCGGACAAGGACUGGACUGCAUGAUGGCGACACUAGCUAGGAUGUGUGGUCCUUUCUGCCUUUGCAAGCUGAGACUUAGCUGUCUGUCUGACUGUGGAUCACCUACAUGCUGUCCUCGUGUUCCUGAUGCAAGUGAUGAAUGCCACUGUGAUGGAGCAAAAGUGGAAACCAUGUAGACCUGAGACCAGUGAUCCUCAAACGCCUAAGAAUCACUUAAUUUAGUCGGUGCAUGUGACCUCGGGGAACAUGUUUUUUUUUUGCCGUAUCAGAAUAUGAUGAAGCGUAUGUAGCACUUGGCUUCACCGUAACUACGAUGGGAGACGGGAAAAGACUGGUGUGUUGUUUCCUUUAAAGGCCUACUGAAACCCACUACUACCGACCACGCAGUCUGAUAGUUUAUAUAUCAAUGAUGAAAUCUUAACAUUGCAACAACACAUGCCAAUACGGCCGGGUUAACUUAUAAAGUGCAAUUUUAAAUUUCCCGCUAAACUUCUGGUUGAAAACGUCUAUGUAUGAUGACGUAUGCGCGUGACGUCAAUAGUUAAAUGGAAGUAUUCGGACACCAUUGAAUCCAAUACAA